UCCUCCGCCAUCACCGCCUGCUUCAAUGCCUCCAGCCUCGCCGCGUCGUCGACGACUAGUCGCAGCGGUAGCCCAGGCACAGAUCCCGAUAAUUUCAUUGUCUCCAUGACUACCUCAACGGCGGCUCUCCACGUUGCUUACGAGACAGGCACGCUCGAGUCCGCCGCCGACCUGUGCAGAGACGUCAGCCCCUCCGUCACUUGGCCAUCACCGCAGUCACCCCCAUCACUUGCGGCGCCGACGUCUUUCGCUGCAAGAUUGCAAAACAGAGAUCCUCCCCCGAGUCUGCCAUCCUCGCCACGGACCGCCGCUCAGAUACUCAGUACAAAGACCACUGGGUGCCCGUGUUCCAUCUGUCGUUCCAUCCUUCACCCUCCCAUAUCCACACAUUUGGAUCGGACUCUGUAACCAUCAGUGCUCGCAGAGGGCUAGAGUCACAGCCUGCUCAUAACGCCCGGAGG